UUUAUGAAUCCGUAAACUCUCUAAAAACAAAUAAGAUUAAGUGUUAUUUAACUUGUAAAUUAAUAUAAAUUUUAAUGAUAAUAUAGAAAAUACACCACAAUGGCCCUCAAAAUGGAUUUGAGUCCAACGGACCCAUAUCAUCAAUCGUUGUUUGCAAAAUUAGAAAAUCCUGAUGUGGUCUAUCAGAAUUUCGUGAAGAGAUUGGCUAAGUAUCAUUUUCAAGUCAAAGCAAUUAUCCAGGAUAUCCUGGAAUGCAGGGAGUCAAUGGAGAAAUUAAAUGAGUUAAAUGAAAAAGGAAGGGCAAAAAUAACGGAAGUACGAGAGGAAUUAGAAAAUUUAUACCUGUAUGGUAAAGAAACAGGGGAUACAAAAUAUGAUACUGAAUUAGAAUCACAGAGACACCUUUUAGCUUGUCUCCUUAAGGAAUUUAAAGAUGCCAAUAUAAAUAGUAUGUUUGCUAUUGAAAAGGCACAAAGAGAAGAUUUAUUAAAAUGUAGUGAUAAUGAGAAGUCAUCAGUCCGACAAAGAAAGAAAAAGAUGGAUAAGGAUGGAUUGGUCAAAAUGUCAUCAGGUGUGACAGAGCAAUUACUUUCCGUAAGCAGGCAGCUAGCGGACACCACACAAAAGAGUCAAAAUACUUUGGAUAAUUUGGUUUCAUCUAGUUCAACAGUGCAUGGAACACAAUCGGAAUUGGAAAAUACAGCAGGAACGAUUACGCAAUCGAGCAAACUACUGAAGAAAUACGGACGUAGAGAAUUUACGGACAAAGUGAUCAUGUUUUUUGCAUUUUUAUUCUUUUUGGCGGUGUGCCUGUACAUUGUACAGAAGAGGCUUUUUUAAUCGUUUGUGACUAUAGUUUUGAAAUACACGUGUAUGCAAUUUAUUAUGAAUUUGUGAAAUAAAUGUGUUGUCUAACUUAUUCUGUA